AGUUUAACCCCGAAAUCAGAGUUUAAACGUCUGAUCCUCGCAGACCGGUUAGUUCUCAGAAGGCCAGUGAAGUGGUAGAACAGAAAAUUUAACUGCCACCUAAAAAUACCGCAUUUUUACUUUACUUUUAGCCAGGAGCGUGUUUUGGCUUAGAUUUGAAAUCAGCAAAGUUUACGGAUAGCCAUAAUAAUAUAAAUGGGCCCGGCUGAGAAAUCACCGAUUUUUUAACUGAGAACCGUUAUUCAAACACCUCUAUAAAGACCCCAUCUCACGGUAAUCGGUCAAAACGGAACUCACUUCGUUAGAUAUGGGAAAGUUAUACAAAGAGUCAGUGAUGACGUAAGCUCAUUUAGGGGAAUCCUCCCGUUUUUAUUUAUUACCUAAUGGCCAAAAACGAAACGUACAUUAAUUUAAUACGGGGGAAUCCCUUCUGUAGACGGUAUUUAUAACCUUUAUCACGUGAUCACUCACAGGAUUUACUCUCAGCUCCUUGAAUAUUGCUAUCAGUGCUCACAGUGAAAGGAGAAAACUGUGAAACCGCAUCGCUCACUCGAGAUAGUAAGGAAAGAUAAAUGAUGGAUCAGCUCUUGUGUCACUACAAACAACUUCUGAGAAUAACGUGACACACCUGAGUAAACUUUGUGAAUAUUUCACUUUGUAGAGGAAGAAGGAAUCGGGUCAUUAUUGAAGAGCUUCAGAAAACCACUACGGCAACACAGAACUAAAACUUAAAAAGAAACCACACAAAAACGCUUUGCACAUAAUAAUUUCAACCUUUGUGCAAUUAUUAGCUGUGCUCUAUAAAACAACCACGUAAAAUAACGCAAUAAAUUAUUUUUUCAGAGAAUUGUGUUUUUUGUUUUAGAAAGUGAAGGAUGUUAUGUUUCCGAAGAUGAAAUGAAUAUCUUGCAUGACUAGGACUGAAGUCCGACAUUGACUCAAGAAAUCUUGGUUCUCUAGCAUCAUUUUUCUGUCAGAUGAAAACUGAAAGAUUUAUAGGAAAUUGCGUGAAAAUCAAACCUGUUGAGUGUUGAGAAGGUAUGUAAAUUGUGUUUGUUGACUUGAACUACAAAUGAAAACUGAAACACGAUAUAUGGAAAAUGAGAUCAUAAACGCGCAGAUAACCGUUGUUAUGGCAACCAUUACUUUUUACUUUUUAUUUACUUUAUUUUUGUUUUGUUUUAUGGCAACUUUUAAAAGUUGGGGGCGCAACGAAGCGUCACGUAGUGACUGUGUCACGUAACCGCUGUUGCUUGUAUUGCGUGAUGUUGUUUGUUCGCUUUGCAAAGGAACCUUGGGUUGUUUACAUAAUUUAUUCGAGAAGCUGACUCACCCAGACAAACAAUUGAUCAACAUGGCGGUUCCACUAGCAAUCGGUGCAGCGGCAGUUGCAGUCCUUUAUGCCGGGAAAAGAUACUUCCAAGGUGGCCAGUGCCACAGCACCAAACGCCUUGACGGAAAAACAGUUGUUAUCACUGGCGGUAAUACCGGCAUCGGCAAAGAAACUGCAGUGGAUUUAGCCAAGAGAGGAGCGAGAGUGAUCAUCGGCUGUCGCAACCUAGAGAAAGGCAAAGCAGCACUCAAGGAAAUACAAGAGCGAACUGGAAGCACAGAUGUCUUUCUUGAAAAGAUCGACCUGGCCUCUUUAGAUUCAGUCCGCAAGUUCGCUAAGAGUAUCUUGAAGAGCGAGCGUCGCCUUGACAUCCUGAUCAACAACGCUGGUGUGAUGGCUUGCGAUUAUCAGAAGACCGAGGAUGGAUUUGAAAUGCAGUUUGGAACCAACCACCUUGGCCAUUUUCUGCUAACGAUGCUGCUCCUUGAUUUGAUCAAAAAAUCGGCGCCGAGUCGCAUCAUCAACGUGUCUUCUUUAGGGCAUUCAAUGGGCUCUGGGAAGAUAAACUUUGAUGACAUCCAUUGGGAGAAGACUUACAGCGCUUGGCCAGCCUAUUACAACAGCAAGCUUGCAAACGUGCUUUUCACCCGAGAGCUGAGC